AUGAUAAAGAUAAGAGGAGAAUUGAUCGAUGGUACAGGUGAGUACCUCACACAUCAUCUCUCCAACCCUUUGUUGUUCCCCAUCCCUCAGGAUAAUAUGUCAGCGGCAGGGGAUCUGAUAUCAGCCAGAGCUGGUCAUCUUGGUUUUAGACAGAGGUACUCCGGAGCAAGAAGAGGAGUUUUUGCUGGGCGGCUGAGCAGGAAACAGAAGAAGAUAAGGGAGAGGAAGCGGAGGACAGACGGGCAGAUAGAGCAGGACACGGCCAUUGUCUGCCCUCGGUUAGCCUCCUCCUGCUUAGCGCUACUUCAUCAACAUCUGUCUACUCCACCUCAUCCCCUACUGCCUGUAUUAUUGGGCAUUGUGAGCUCCAGCAAUGGCCUGGUACCGGUUUCUACUGUGGAAGCUACUGACAGGCUGGGCCUCCCAACUCACGUAAUAAAGGAAGCUCAGAAAGCUGUGUUAUUGAAUACUGCCAGAAUUGCCAGAGGCUCUAUUAGUGGAUUCCGUAAAGAGGUAUAUUUCGGAAAAGCAAAAUGGAGAAAUGUGUUUAAUGCAGCGGAUCGAGUUCCCACGAACAGGCCACGACUACCUCAGAAACCACCUACAUUGAAUAGGACUGGCAGACACUGCACAUUGCAACCUAUGUAA